ACCUAAUGAGUGACCUGACUAUCUAGGCCAGACUACUGAUCAGAAGCUAAAUCUUCUUUGCCCCUCCGCUGACCGCAACUACAGGAGCGAAUGAAGCCAACAGCAGCCCGCGGAGUUUAACUCCGUAACCGGGGAAACACCACUUCCGCUGGCGUCAUCACGGCGACACGUGGACCCAAGAUGGCGGCGGCGAUGGACUGGUUGCCAUGGUCCCUGCUGCUUCUCUGUCUCACGUGUGACACAAGCGCCUUCUAUGUCCCUGGGGUCGCGCCAAUCAACUUCCACCAGAACGACCCUGUAGAAAUCAAGGCCGUGAAGCUCACCAGCUCUCGAACCCAACUACCUUAUGAAUACUACUCACUGCCAUUCUGCCAGCCUAGCAAAAUAACCUACAAGGCAGAGAACCUGGGAGAGGUGCUGAGAGGGGACCGGAUUGUCAACACCCCUUUCCAGGUUCUCAUGAACAGCGAAAAGAAAUGUGAGGUUCUCUGCAGCCAGUCCAACAAGCCAUUGACCCUGAACGUGGAACAGAGUCGGCUCGUAGCUGAGCGGAUCACAGAGGACUACUAUGUCCACCUCAUUGCCGACAACCUACCUGUGGCUACCCGGCUGGAGCUUUACUCCAACCGUGACGGCGAUGACAAGAAGAAGGAAAAAGAUGUGCAGUUUGAACAUGGCUACCGGCUUGGCUUCACAGAUGUCAACAAGAUCUACCUGCACAAUCACCUCUCAUUCAUCCUGUACUACCAUCGGGAGCACCUGGAAGAGGACCAGGAGCACACGUAUCGCGUCGUCCGCUUCGAGGUGAUUCCCCAGAGCAUCAGGCUGGAGGACCUCAAAGCAGAUGAGAAGAGUUCAUGCACCCUGCCUGAGGGUACCAGCUCCUCGCCCCAAGAGAUCGACCCCACCAAGGAGAAUCAGCUGUACUUCACCUACUCUGUGCACUGGGAGGAGAGUGACAUCAAAUGGGCCUCUCGGUGGGACACUUACUUGACCAUGAGUGAUGUGCAGAUCCACUGGUUUUCUAUCAUUAACUCAGUUGUGGUGGUCUUCUUCCUGUCCGGCAUCCUGAGCAUGAUUAUCAUUCGGACCCUCCGGAAGGACAUCGCUAACUAUAACAAAGAGGAUGACAUUGAAGACACCAUGGAGGAGUCUGGGUGGAAACUGGUGCACGGCGAUGUCUUCAGGCCCCCCCAGUACCCUAUGAUCCUCAGCUCCCUGCUGGGCUCAGGCAUUCAGCUUUUCUGUAUGAUCCUCAUCGUCAUCUUCGUGGCCAUGCUUGGGAUGCUGUCACCCUCCAGCCGUGGCGCUCUCAUGACCACGGCCUGCUUCCUCUUCAUGUUCAUGGGGGUGUUUGGUGGAUUUUCCGCUGGCCGCCUGUACCGCACUCUAAAAGGCCAUCGGUGGAAGAAAGGAGCCUUUUGUACAGCAACGCUGUAUCCUGGCGUGGUUUUUGGCAUCUGCUUCAUACUGAAUUGCUUCAUCUGGGGAAAGCAUUCAUCAGGGGCUGUGCCCUUCCCCACCAUGGUGGCCCUGCUGUGCAUGUGGUUCGGGAUCUCCCUGCCCCUUGUCUACCUGGGCUACUACUUUGGCUUCCGCAAGCAGCCAUAUGACAACCCUGUGCGCACCAACCAGAUUCCCCGGCAGAUCCCCGAACAACGAUGGUACAUGAACCGGUUUGUGGGCAUUCUCAUGGCUGGGAUCCUGCCCUUUGGUGCCAUGUUCAUUGAGCUUUUCUUCAUCUUCAGUGCAAUCUGGGAGAAUCAGUUCUAUUACCUCUUCGGCUUCCUAUUCCUCGUUUUCAUCAUCCUGGUGGUGUCCUGUUCACAAAUCAGCAUCGUCAUGGUAUACUUCCAGCUGUGUGCAGAGGACUACCGCUGGUGGUGGAGGAAUUUCCUGGUCUCCGGGGGAUCUGCAUUCUACGUCCUGGUCUAUGCCAUCUUUUAUUUUGUUAACAAGCUGGACAUUGUCGAGUUCAUUCCCUCUCUCCUCUACUUUGGCUACACGGCCCUCAUGGUCCUGUCCUUCUGGCUCCUCACGGGCACCAUUGGCUUCUAUGCAGCCUACAUGUUUGUCCGCAAGAUCUACGCUGCAGUGAAGAUAGACUGAUGGGGGUGGACCAUGGCCUGGCCCACCCUGUCCACGGACAGGAAGCCACCCUGCGUGGGGAACUGCAGGCACACAAAAUAAAAUAACUCCUGCUCAUUUGGAAUGUAGCUCCUGGCACAGUGUUCCUGGAUCCUGGGGCUGCGUGGGGGGGUGGGAGGGCCUGUAGAUAAAUCUUGGAUUUUUCUUCAUCAUCUUACUCCAGUUCUGUGAGGGAUGAGUUGUGUUGUGGGUUGUUUUUUCUCCAGUGCUAAGAAAGUUCUCCAGCAGGAACUCUCAGACCUGUUUAUUCAGGUUUAUUUUUUUGGUUUGGGUUUUUUUCCUUAUUUUUUUUUAACAAAUGGAUCCAGGCUGGAUACAUCUACCAAGACACUGGGUUUUGGUCACCGUCUCCACCUCAGUUCCUCAGGGCUGUUGGCCACCCCACAACUAACUGGAAGAGGAAACGCCGAGCCUCCUGGGGCUUCAGUGAGGCUUCUGAGCCUCCCAGCCUGUCCUCACCACUGAUGCCGUGACAAAGCACAGCUCUAGCCGGGACAUGCAGCCUCAGUGCCAACCAGCCUCUACCAGCCCCCUUCCCUCCCUCUUCUCUCCUCCCCAGCCUCUUACCACGGCUGCCCGAGGCAGGGCUUUGAGCCAGGCCUCUGGGUCACCUUGUCACCAGGAGCAAGCCCAAGUCUUGGCUGCUACAAGGAAAUCCCCUGGAAGUACUGGGGGCCAAGUGCCCCAGGACAGCAGGAAUCCUCUGUGUUCAGAGCAGUGGGAGUCUGCUGGACUAGAGAAGAGACUUGCAGUGAACUCUUUUUGUGCCAAGAAACCCUGGAUCUGGGGCCAAGUAUUUCCAGAGCCAACCCAAGCGUCCACAUGUUUGUGUCUGGGAUGAGGGCCCUCACUCCUCAGGAUCGCUCCCCAGCCCUUUCCUCGGGGGAUUGCUGCUCCUGGCAAAAUGUGCUGGUGGCGAGCCCUCUCCUCCCUGACUUUCAGGGCAGAACAAGGCCUGGAGACUGCAGAUCCCUUUAGGCGGCUGUGAAGAAGCAUUCUGCCCCUGACAUCCCCCAGCCUCGGUGCCCAUACAGUUAUUAGCCAGACCCGACUCUCCGACCUCCACCUCCUCUCCAAGUUCUUGCCUCCUUAUGGGGACAAGCAGAAGAGUGCUGGUGAGAAGGAAGGUGGGAGGGGGAGGUAAGUUCUGUUGCUCCUUUCCCAAUUCCCAGGAGCAGGCGAGGAGCCUAAGUUAAUAGGAGGGAGCUAAAUGGCAGGCCUGGCUCCUCCAUCAGCAUCCACUCUUCCCAGUCCUCUGCCCACCCCACGCAUGCACACAAGCAUUUGCUUUUAAGUUGCAAGAGACCAAGCCUACCCUGGAAUUAGGGUUUAAGUAACAUCCGAGCAUGCCUGCUCAGCCCCUUUGGGACUCCCACCACAAGACAAACCUCGGGAUGCUGGUUAAACUAGGAACCCCCCACAGACCCUCCCCACCCCAAUUCUCCCAGCAGCCCCUACGAGCUCCAGCAGUCAAACCAGUGAACUUCUCAACCUUGUGUCACAGUGACUCCAUAGUGCCAAGCAGUGUCCACCAAGAAUCAGGUUGGAGAAAAGGGAACCCAAGCAGUACAGAAUAAUAAUGGAGUCUGUUGUUCAUUCAAAUCUCAGAUUUUUUCCCCAAGAGAUGCUCUUUUUUGGGGGGAGUGGGGAAAUGGACUUCUCAUAAAGGGUUCAAACAUCAUCAAUUUUUCUGACUUUUUUAAUCAUCAUCAUUAUUAUUUUUAAUUAAAAAAUGCCUGUAUGCCUUUUUUUUGUCCAAUUGUAAAUAAAAUAUGCCAUUGUCCUGUU